CUUGAAUCUUCCCCGAAAUGAAGUCAACAGGGACCGAAGAGGAUGGGUUCGUCUUCGUCAACAUCUCCCGGCCCGAUGAGAUCAAAUCGGCCUCCACGCAGCGCACCAUCCGGCGCCGCGUCAUGCGGGAGAUUGGGCGGGCGCGUCGGACUCACGCCCGGCCCCUCACCUGGACGCUGGCCCUGAAACCCCCGGCCGAGCCCGGGGUGGAAAGCAUUCCGGCGUCCCUGGAUCCAUGCAACACCACCUUCUAUCCCACUCCCCUGGAUGAUAGGGGCCUGCAGCUCAUGCACUUCAUGACCAGUGACCGCGACUACGUCUUCCGUCCGUUUCGAGCCGUAUGGUUCUCGAUGGCCUUGACAGAUGCCAGCGCCGUCCUGGUGGCUUUGGCCAACGCGGCCAUGUUUCUCGAUCAGAAACAGCGGGUCCAAGCGUAUCGGUAUGAGACAAGUGCCGAAUGUCUGACUUACUAUGGUCAGUGUGUGCAGCAGGUUACGCGGCGGUUGGGCGAUGUCCGGGAGAAUCUUAGUGAAGGGAUCAUCACUACCAUUUUGGGAUUGAUCUGCCAUGAUCUGUAUGUUGGCAUGCUGGAUCGCUGGAAUACACAUAUCUGUGGCCUCGGUCGCAUCUUCCAACUAAGAGGGGGAUACAAAGGUCUCGAUGACAAUGUGGCCCUGUUUGCUGGCUGGCUUGAUGUUGUAGGCAGCGUGAUGGAGGACUCGCCUCCCCGGUUGCCGCGACCGCCGGGGUUUGCCACCCUCCCACCCGAUGUCAUGAGCCCUGACUUGAGCAGCCUGCUUAACGACAUCGCUCCACAAUAUGCCUCAUUCUAUGAGAUUGCAACUGCAUUCAACCACGCUAGCUUCAUCAUCCAAAGCGUGGAAGAGAGUCUCCGUCACUCCGCGGCAUUCUGGAGACACGAAAACAACCUUACCGUCAUUGAACUAUUCGGACCAGCCACGCAUUUCCUCCUCUCCGUGUCGCGGCCGAGUGAAGCGCACUGCAGUGAAAUGGGGUACCACUUCCUUCAAGAAGCCAUACGGUUAGCGCUGCUGCUUCUGCUGGCAGCUCUGAAACAGGAUGUCUUCCUCUUCACGUCACACGAAUCCGACCACCUGCGAUACAAGUUCUCGAUGCUUGUCCCACAACUGCGCGAAGCCGAUUAUGAUGACUCUUGUGGGAAGCUAUACCUCUGGGCCCUGGUGACAGUAUUACUACUUUCCCAUUCGACACAGCCUGGUUUAUACAUGGACGAUAUCCGGUCGGUACUCGACCGUCUAGGCAUUACGGCCAUCGAAGGGAUGAACAUAGUCAACAAUAUCCUUUCGAUCAACAUACUAGGAGCCCAGGCAACUCAUCUCCCUCCAGAACUAGUCACAUCCUCAUGUACAUAAUCUUUCUCCAACAUGAUACCGAUGUUCAACCACCCACAAUCCCCCCACUAACCGAGAUAACCUGCCCA